CAAGUUAUAACGCUUCAUCAUCUGAUCCGGUCAAAUUCUUAAAUCCUUUUAAUAUAGAAAAAAAAACGUUAUCGCGUUACAUAAAGAAUAGUAUUGUCCCGUGAAAUCUUUUAUAAAAUUAAUACAAAUCUUAUAUAUUAAUAACAAGGUCGUCUCUCUUGUCUCCAAAACAAAUCCUCAUUAACCAAAAACCAAAAAAAAAAAACUUGGAACUCUCUGAAUCUCACAAGAACAUCUCAAGAUUAAAGAAACCAUAAGAUCAUCGCUCAAAGUAAAAAUGGUGAGCCCAUUUAGAUCUCCAUGUUCUUCACCAAAAAAAUCAAGAAAAGCAAGCAAGAACCCUUAUUCAAAUCGUGGACUUGACAAAUUCUCUGAGCUUCUUUCCGAGCUCGACGAGAAGAGACAAAGCAUAUACUCGAAGAAGCUCGAUUCCGGUGGCCCGCCUCUUGUUCGAUUCGUGUUCACAAGCUCCGGUGAGUGUGUCCCCGUUGUGAUCAGAUCAUCUUAUCUUCACAAGAAGAACAAGAAGACGAAAGAUGUUGUCGCUGAUAAAGUCAAAACAGAAGUCAAAGAAGCGAAAACAGAGGAAAUCAAGAACAUAGAGCCUGAAACAGAGCAAAAACAGAGCUGUGUUAUAAACGAGAAUUUAAAGAAGAUCGCUAGACCGAAUCAUUUCUUGCCUGUGACUAUGAUCUUGGUUCUUGUGUUUUUGGUUUUCUUUGGAAGAUCUGUUGCGAUUAUGUGUACUUGUAUCGCUUGGUACUUGGUUCCAACGAUUCAAGAACAAAGCGGAAACAGAGGAUCAUCACCGGCUUACGCGAUGAAGAAGAAAGAUUUCGCUAGGAAAUUGAGUAUUGAGAACAGAGCAUCGUUUAAUCCAAGAACUGUUCGUGAUAACUCUCCUCGCAAGUAGAAGAAGUUUCUUAUUUUGGCUGCUCGUGAAGAAAACCGCGUGACCGAGCAAACACUUUUUUUUCUUUGUCAAAAGUUUUUUGGUUUAUUUCUUUGUUACUUUUUGUUUAUUCUCUGUUUCGUUCAUAGUUGUUGAAUUUAGAAACAGCUGAAUUAGCAGAAAAAUGUGUAGCUUUUUAUAUUUUUAGGUUUUUAAUGUUUAUACAUGUAUAUAAUGCAAUUGGAGAUGUUCUUGAUAACAUAUGAUCUAUUGCAACCAUGCUUAAUUUGAGCAAAAAACUUUUAU